AUGCUCGCUCCCGGUUCGCCGUAUAGGCUGACCGACGGACAAAGGGGAGGCCGCCUGUCCGGCCUCCUUACUGACCAUUGCCCAACUGAUUUACGACGGUCCCCGCAAAAAGCGAUGCUCGCGCGUUGUUCUCUCGAAGUCCGGAAAAAGAAACUGGCGGAAUUCCUUCGUAACCCCCCCUUUGUGACGCAUUGCAUAAUGCCCCGCGUCGAUUGUGUUGAAUACGCAUACGGCUCGCGGAUUGUUUCUACGGAUCGGAUGGGCGUCGUGAUCCUAUUUACGAUUCGUUCCGACUUUCCUUACAACCUCCACAAUGGAUCGUACGGCAUAGAGUCAUUGUGUUCGGAUGCCGCCCGUGGCGCGCAGCUUUUACAAAGCCCCCCCCCCCCCCUCCAUUUUAAUACAUGGGAGGGUUCGGUGUUU